GGCAGGGGAGCAGGAUGGGGGGCGCCUUCGGCCUGACCCUGGCGCUCUGCCACUCGCUGGGGCUUUACCUGCAGCUCGGCGCCGCUUCGCGACCCCCGCAGUGGGAGAACCAGAUUUCGGGCAACGCCUUUUUCACCGAGACCCCCCACGACAUGACGGCCCGGGCUGGGGAGGACGUGGAGAUGGCCUGUUCCUUCCGCGGCAGCAGCUCCCCUUCCUACUCGCUGGAGAUCCAGUGGUGGUACCUGCGGACCCAUAAGGACUGGACGGAGAAGGAGAACUGGGAGGCCAACCAGCUAAAAGCAUCUCCGCAGGAAGAAAUCGGGAAGGACGCCACGAAAAUAAGC